UAGUCCCCUUCUGCUGAUGGAAAAUGACAGACGACAUAUAAAAUAUUGUUUUCUGUCAUUCUCACGUCGUAAAUCGAAGAUUAAUAAAGAAAAAAGACAUUGUAGUUAUCGCGAUUAAGGUGAAGUUGUUCGAAAAAAACCAAAAUGGUAUUCUUGUCAAAGUGUAGUGGCGAUAAAUGGGAAGGUACGAGAAAGUAGUGACGCGGUCAGUGAUGCCGUAGCCAAGGAGACCGUCGAGCAGUAGACAAAACUACGGUGACACUUAAAACCGGUCUUCGGCGACGAUAUUAAAUAACAUUACUCAUAUGAGAGUAUUUUUUAUGAGAUCUUGGUGAUUUCAUGUGUGUUGAAGAUUUUUUUUUUAUUACCGUCGAAAGGACUUUUUUUGGCUCGCGGUUUCCCAGGUGACGCAGGGCCGGCUCCAAGAAAAAAUCAACGGAGACCGGGGCGACCAUCGUGGCGGGCUGGUGGGGGAGGGGGGCCCAAAUCGACGGCUCGACGGUCGUCGAUCCAUUAGCGACCAAAUUUUUAAUACAACUCGUUAAACUCGCUAUUAAUGAAGACAGAAUCGUCCAUCCAGAAACAGGGAGGUGGCGGUGAUACAACCGUUUCGGACAGGAGCGAGGGAGCUAUUGCCAUGACUACGACUGGAGCCCAGUAUACCCUUGCAGCUUCCGCCGGGGCUGCAAAUAGCGGGGGUAAUGCCGUACAAGUGGGGGUCGAAGCAAAGCCGAGCGUAGUUGUUGUGACCACUUCCAGUAACAACGGCGUACCCAACACUCAACAGAAUCAGUCUACCAGGGGUCAACAACUUAUAACUGUAGUUGCAGGUCCGGAUCCUUCUAGUCCAAAUAAUCUUCAACCUAUUCAGUUGCUCGUUCAGGAUUCACUGGAGCAAGCUGCUGAUUCUUCCAAUGGGUCAUCGGGUACAACACAGCACGUUACAGCACAAGUCGUAGUAAAUACGACGCAUCAAUCGGGGCAGCACACUCUCGUUGACUCGGACGCCGCUUCAACGUCGACCGGAACAAUCGUCAGUGGAUCACCUCAUUAUAUUACAGUCACAGUGUCCGGUGACGGCGAGGCGGUGGGGUCCGAGUCAGUUUCACACUCUACCUAUGUCCAGUAUGUCGAGGGGGAUGGUUCGACGUACAAUCUCACCAACGGACAGAUGACAUACCCGGUUUAUGCUGUCGCUGGGGAGGCGGGAGCGAUGUAUACUCCCGCCUCCAGUCAGUAUUAUACACCAGCUUCGACACCGGUAACUUACGCACAGGUACAAGGUUCUAACACGACGACGGGGCAGCUCCUGACACAGGGUAACGGCACGUAUUUGAUACAGCAGAGCGUGGUAGACAGCGAUCCAACGACUCACGCUCUUAUAUCCGCUGCGGCGGCACGAGCGAGUCCUCAGACCGAAAGUGCCGAGGCUGUGGUUAGCGGGGGUGGAGGUGCGUACUUGAUCAGCGGUAAUGCGGCAGGUGCUUCUAUCAGCGUGGAGGAAGCUGCAUCGGCGGCAAACAUGACGCAUGCCACUAGGGUCUCCCAGGCCACCGUAAGCCAUGUCGACUCCCCAUUUGUUCAAUGGCUACUAGAGAACUAUGAGACGGCUGAUGGCGUCUCACUGCCUCGAUCAACUCUCUACAAUCACUACUUGAGACACUGCUCUGACAACAAAUUGGAUCCUGUGAACGCUGCCAGUUUUGGCAAACUGAUUCGCUCGGUGUUUCUUGGUUUAAGGACGAGACGAUUAGGCACUCGUGGAAAUUCGAAAUAUCAUUACUACGGUAUAAGAGUAAAGCCAAGCUCGCCGUUGAUGAUGCUCAACGAGGACGGUACGUCGCGACAGCAGCAAACAACGAAUUCGCAAACUAAACGCUUCAAGUUUGUCAAUCAGAAGCAAGAAUCGACAUACGAGAACAAUGCACAAACGAAUACGAAUGUAACAACAAAUGCGACGUCUCCGCAGUAUCAUCAAUACCUUGGCGAGGCUAGCGGGGCUAUACCCGAAUUUCCAGAAAUAAUUGUCGGUCAUGGAUCUUCUUUGCCCGAGGAUUGCACGCUCGAAGAUAUUGACACUUUUCGGAGUAUUUACAGGGAACAUUGCGAAGCGUUUCUGGAUGCGGUGUUGAACUUCGAGUUCGGCACGGUCGAGAGUCUCUGGCGGGAAUUUUGGCGUAGUCAAGACAAUAACAAUGGUGACGAGUGCGAGGAAGAAAAAUAUUUGUCCAAAACAAAACUUUAUCAGAUGUGCAAAUGCGGGGAGGUGCAAGAUUUUAUUAGAACAGUAGAUUAUACAUUCUACCAAAAUCUCGUUGAAGUUUUGAUGCCCGAUGUACUUCGGCCGAUACCGAGUUCCUUAACACAGUCGAUCAGAAAUUUUGCUAAAGGUCUCGAGUCAUGGCUGACCGCUGCGAUGAACGAUUGCCCUGAAGAAAUGAUGCAAAUAAAGCUUACCGCCGUUUCAGCGUUUGCCCAAACGUUGCGACGUUACACGUCCCUCAAUCAUUUGGCCCAGGCUGCACGCGCAGUACUACAGAAUUCUAGUCAAAUUAAUCAAAUGCUUGCCGAUCUCAACCGUGUAGAUUUCCACAACGUUCAAGAGCAGGCUUCCUGGGUUUGUCAAUGUGAUUACGCUAUGGUACAACGUCUGGAGGCGGACUUCAAACUCACUCUUCAACAACAAAAUUCUCUGGAACAAUGGGCUGUUUGGCUCAAAGGUGUCGUUACGCAAGUGCUUAAGCCUUAUGAGGGAAAACCUACGUUCGUUAAGGCAGCUCGACAAUUUUUGCUCAAAUGGUCAUUUUACAGUUCGAUGGUAAUUCGCGAUCUUACUCUUCGAAGUGCCGCGAGUUUUGGAUCCUUCCAUCUGAUCCGAUUGCUCUACGACGAGUACAUGUUUUACUUGAUAGAACAUCAAGUGGCGAUAGCUACCGGUACAACGCCGAUAGCCGUAAUGGGAGAUAAAAAUCAGACCUGUCCCAUGAUCAACGCCUACGGGGCAACGUCAAACGGAGACGUAUCGAAUCCUAAUCAAACAAAGCGCAUGAAGUUGAGCUAACUGAGCGCCAGCACUCUUUAGAUUCUUCGUUCACUAAUCCUCACAAAGGGGAAAAACGUAUAUAUAGUUAAAUCAGAAGAAAAACUGAACCUGAUUCGACAGAAUUUGUGAAUCAAGGCCUAAGUGCCGAACACGAGCUACUUCUACGAAAUUAUUAUUUUAUAUAAUGUGAAAAACAGAGAAAGAGAAAGAGAGAGAAAGAGAAAGAAAACAGGAAUUUGUAUGGAUGUGAGAGACCCUUUAAGACGGAGAAUUUUUACAUAAACACAUUGCAUCGUGAAUUCAAUUUAACGAUUUAAGUCAGUGUGAUAAGAUGUAUCGUAGAAUUGUGUAUAUAUAAAUAUAUAUGAUAAAUAUACCGAAGUCUUGUCGUGAAACGACGACAAUAGGAAAGACUAGUGUGAAUGAAGCGAGAGUUAACGCCGGGCACGAUUUAUGAACUGAUCGAUCCAGUCUAGUCGGAUAUCCACCUUUGGAAUUUAAAAUCUAUGGGACCAUGAAAUGAAAAAAGAACGAAUGAAAAAAAAACAAACAAACAAAAAAAUCAUGCCCUCUCUUUGGAGUAUACCGAAAAACGGCGAGGCUGGGAAGCUCUGUUCCAUCCGAACGAAUCCUUCUGGGUCACGCACAUCAGUCCUCGCCUCUUAAUUAUACAUGCAAAUUAAAUCCGCCCGAAACAUUGUCAAAAGUAUCGAAAAAAAGAAAACUACGUAACAAAUUACGAUAAUUCUAUUGAUAAAAAAGAAGCACGCUCUAGAUCACCUUGGCAGACGUAGUCUUGCCGAGUUAUUAUUUGUUUUACUUUUAUUUUGUAGUUAGAAAAACAAGGAUACAUUAUUUUUAAAGAUGGAUCGCUUAAUUUAUACGAAAAAUUAAAUGAGAAGGGAAAUGCAAAAUAUAGAAAAUAAGAAACGAAGAUUUCGAUUCCGUUGCAUAUUCUUUGUAAGCGGUAUCCAAAAAAAAAAAAAAAACAUUCGAAAAAUGUCGCCAAGUUGUCAAACCGUUGAAUGUAUGGCUUCGCAAAGUGAAGCUAAUUGUUUGACGAGCAUUAGUCAUAGAGAGCACGAUUGUUAUAGUUUUUAAGGAACGCGCGAGUCAUUUGAGUAUCGCAUUGGAAGAAAAACAGAUCAGAGAUUUGCAAAUGCAUUUUUUUGUCGUCUUGAUCAACCCUUGAUUGAAAUAUUUUGAAAUUAUUAUUGAUUGUACAUUAUUACACACUCAAAUUUCCGACCCGCGCGCACACACACACCCACACACAGAGGUCACGAGUGCCCACGUGUUCAUCCGUUGUAUCUUGCAACAAGAGAAGUUUAUGUACUUUUUUCUAUUAUUCCUGUAAAUUAAUUUCGUACGUCUUGAUCCCAAAAAAAAGUGUACAAAAAACAAUUCUUCAAACGCCUCAUAAAAUCAUUCCAUUUGUGUAUUACACUUUCGGAAAUUGCUCUGUACCGAUCAAUUUUUGUUUCAUAAACAUCGAAAAUAAUAGAAAAUUUGAAUAAUCGCUGUUGCCGAAGAUAAAAGACUCAAUGAAUUUCGAUCCAAUUAUUUUCAUCGUCUCAUUAACCUCGAAACAGAACGGACCGAAAAAUCGUAAUUUUUCUCUCACCCAAACUCGUUUAUGCCUCAUCAGGCUGAACGAGUUCACUAUGUUUUACCUUAUUUUCGUUAUAUAAGCUGUCAUAUAACUCGAUCGGUAUGAAAUAAUGGUAAAAACCGUUUUAUAUAGACAGCACGUACUAGUCAAACUCCUUGUAGAUUAAACAAAGGAUAAAAACGAAAAGGAAGAAAAAAAUUAAGAAAAAAAAAACAAAUUGUACGCAUCCAUCGAUCGCGUCCAAAUAACAUGGAAGAAAACGUUUCUAUAUAACUGUAAUGAGCUUAUAUAUGUGUAAUGGAGAGAGAGAGUGAGAGAGAGAGAAAACAGAAACAGUUGGAGGAGCGAGAAAACGGAAGAAACAAACUAUCGAUACCUAAGUGUACCUACCUAAUAUGAUAAUGGCAUAUUUUACUAUAGAAAUUAAAAAGAUUAAAAGAAAAUAAUGAUAAUGAAAAAUUAAUAAUGAUAAUAAUAAUAAUGGAAUAGUUAACUAGGCGAGGAGAGGAUAGGAUUGCAAUGCUGCUCUGCUACUGCUGGAUACAGAUGGAAAUAAGUGGAUUAAAAUAGAGAAGGAAUGAGAAAAAAAAAUAGAGAAGUAAAGAAAACGAAUGACGAUAUUAUUUACACGAGUGCGUCAAAGUCGCAAUGACCUAGACGGUUUCGAGACACGAACAAUAUUUAUCAUACGUAUGACUUGCCUCUGCUGAAACUCGGUGAAAGUAGCAUAACGAAACUUGACGUCAAAAUGAAGAAAAUAAUGAAACAAAUUUAUCGAAGAUUCUUUUAUCUUUUGAUUUUUUUUAUAAUAAAGAUUACAUAGCCGCAUUACCGCGCGAAUUAAUUGCUCAGUAUUUUUAACUUAAGGCUAUAAUUCAUAUUCAUUAUAUCUAAUAUAAAACAUUCCACAAACUCGUUUCAUCCAAUGGUACCUUCGUCACUCGCAUCAUGAGCGCGUAAUAUACGACGUCUUCUUAUGUCUAACCUCUAGUUUAAGUAGACCAUUUUAUUUUACAUUUAUUUUAUAUAUUUUCUAAAUUAUUAAUAUUAUUAUAAAAAUCAGAAUCGAUUGUUUCAUGAAAAGUCGAAGUAUAUUUGUCAUUACGCGCCAUUGUCCUAGACGUGAAAGGAGCCUGAGCAUAACGUUAGGCAAAUAGCGAAAUGCGACUACGGAUAUAAAAUUUUUGGGGAUAUCAUUUUUACGUACAAUGUGCAUGAAAGAUAUUUUAAUACACGUCGCCUGAUGUGCGAUUAAACGACGGUGCGGAUAAAAUAAAUUAUCAAAUAUCGCAGCUUCGAUAGAAUUAUUUUUACGGAAAACAUACAGAAAAACGAUGCAGCUCGAGUCCUAAUAUGUAUAUUAUUGCAACACUUAUUAUAUACACACACUAUAAACGAGAAAAAUUGUAUGAGCCAUGGAGGACUAAAUGUGCGUGUGAGUAUUGCAGAAAAUUGGAUUAUACAUGAUAAAUAUAUGUUUAAACAUGAGAAAA